AUGCGGUUGUCGAAAUCCUCCCCGCCAAGGUGGGUGUCGCCAGCAGUGGCCCUCACCUCGAACGUACCCUUGUCGAUCGUCAGGAUAGAGACGUCACAGGCCAUAGGCAAUGGCGGCAGCAGUGGGCUCAUUGAUGAUGCGGAUGACAUUGAGGCGGGCAAUGGCACCGGCAUCCUUGGUGGCCUGUCUUUGAGAGUUGCUAAAGUAGGCCGGGAUGGUGAUGACGGCAUCCCGGACAUGGGUGGGGCCCAGAUAGGACUGCUCACCAAAGACUGUAUUUGUGGGAUUCAUGCCGGCCUGGUUAAUGGCGGCUUCGCCUAUGAAACGCUCCCCGUCGGCGAAAGCGACAUAUGA